AUGGAACUUCAGUUCCUUGAUAGUGGUGCCAAUAAUACUACUAGUUCCUAUAAAUCAAGAAAUAGGGGUCCUAACAAGAACAAGUUUGUCGGGGUGAGGCAAAGGCCAUCGGGCAAAUGGGUCGCAGAAAUCAAGAACACAACUCAGAAGAUCAGAAUGUGGCUCGGGACAUUUGACACCGCUGAAGAGGCUGCUCAGGCUUAUGAUGAAGCUGCUUACCUUCUUCGUGGUACAAAUACGCGAACCAAUUUCUUGAAUAACGCCCCCUCCAAUCCGGCCCUUUCUUUGAAAAUCCGGAAUCUCCUUAAUCAAAAGAGGGGCCUAAAUAAAACCACAACGCCUAUUCUUGCUUCCACAAAUAGUACUCCUAGAAAAAAUAGUAAGCUUGAAACCUGUCCAAAAAAUGUUUCUAGUACCAAACGUAUUUCUCCUAGUAGUUCUCAAUAUAGUACCAGUGUCAGUUCUCAAACUAGUUCUCUAGUUUGUCUGUCCAAUCCGGUCAAUUUUGAGGAUGCUUAUAAGCCGGAUUUCAGCUGUUUCACUGGAGGAUACGAAAUGUGCUUCCCUAAUCAUGAUCAAUCUUUUUCUUUUUUGAUGGAUUUUGAUAAGAUCUAUCCAUUUCAACAAGAUGGAUUCGAUGCACAAAAAAGAGUUGGCGAGACGGUGUCUGAUGAGCAAUUUCCUGAUUUUGAACGUAUGAAGGUCGAAAGACAGAUUUCAGCUUCACUUUACGCAAUGAAUGGGAUUAGUGAAUACUGGGAUAACAUCCAUGAUUCAAAUGAUCCUUUGUGGGAUAUUUCCAUGCUGCCAAAUCUCAGCUUCACUUAUUUUACAAUUUAUAAUUUAUUGGUGACAGUUCAGUUUUCAAUUAAAUCAGGGUCGGCUUACAAAGGUAAAAAGAUUUCAAUGCAGGAUAUAAAACUGGUGGAAAAUCGUAUUGACCGGUGUCUCCAACAUUACAUGAAUAAGGAAGAAGUUGUGAACACUCUUAUUCAGGACAACGUAGAUCCUCGUUUUACUGAUAUAGUUUGGCGGAGGCUUGAAGAACAAAAUCCAGAAUUUUUCAAUGCUUACUACCUUAAGUUGUUGGUGAAGGAACAAAUCAUGGAAUUCAACAGGUUGCUCUCGGAACAAGUGGAGCUGAUGUGUCGAACGGGAUCCAUUGGGAUGACCUCCAUACCCACGUCUAAUGGAUCUCAUGUUUCACCUAAGGAUGUGCAGCAGCCAAAUGCAUUCAAUAAUUGUGGAUCAUCAAUCCAGUCUUGUGUGCAAGAAACUCUUGAUGUAUCUGCUCAUGGUAGAAAGACGGGCAUUUCACCAAACUUGUUCUUGGGUCAGCAUUCAAAUGUGGAAUUGGCACAGGCAACACAUGGGAAGGUUGUCAAAACAAAAGCUGGUUAUGCUCGUAGUUCACCUUACUGCUUGAGUGCACAUAGCAAUUUAAUGGAAUCACGUCCUCUGAUGGGUGAUGCAUCUGUAUCAUCUUUCACUAGCUUUGAACCCAGUGCACAGCCCCUGAAUGACAUGCUCUUGGGUGGAAAUGCUCCAUCAUUUGGAUUUUUGGGGCAAAUUCCUCAAAGUCAGUUUUGGUCACCAGACGUGGCAGCUGAUUUCUGCAAUAGUUCUGAAUUACUGGAGAGUUACUCUAGGCUUCCCAUACUAUCAACCGGUGUGAACAACUUUAUGAAUCCCCAUGGAGACAUGGAGAGUGUGGAUUCUGUAUCUGAAGGGUUACGAUAUCAAGAUCCUACUACACGGAUUGAACUUUUUGUAUAUUUGGUUUCAUCUACAUGGUAA